AGUGGCCUGACAACACACAAACAUUAAAGCAAGAUGGGAUCAGGGGCUAGCAGCUCUCAAGUAGAGGCGAUCAAGAUCAACAAGAAUAAGCGGUUUGCAAACGAAGAAAAUACAAAGCAGAUCACACAGAAAGCUGCAUUGAAAGGUCAAAACAGUGAAAGGAUCAGUACUCAUCAGGCACUGUUAAGCAGAAAAAGAUCUACAGCUUCAGACAAUGCAGAAUGUGACACUGAACUAGCUGAAGGAUCACCUAAUUCAGUUUUGCGAGAGUCUAACUCAACAAGCAAACACCAGCCAGUAGUGCAGCUCUUAGAAGCCAGGAUUAAAGAACUUGAGAAAGAGCUUGGUGAGAGUGAAAGUGAAAAAUUAGACCUACGGGAUCAAAGUGAACGCUUAGAAGAGCGCAUUGCAGAGUUAAUGACCAGUUCUGCGGUGUAUAUAGCUACAGAAAGCACACAGGCAGUCACAGGUCUUCAAGAAACUUUAAAAGCAAAAGACCAAUACAUAAAUCAGCUGGAGCAAGAACUUGUGAUGAUGAAGAAAGAAGCAAACAAGACAAGAAUUCAUCUAAAGAAGCGCAUUAAAGUUUUAGCUUCACAGCUGAAUGUUGCUAAACAGGAAUCUUCAAUAGCUCAGAUGGAGCUGAAACAGCAGUUUCAGAAUCAUGUCGUUUCUGACCAAGGUGAGGGUGUAGGAGAGUAUGCAUCUGCAGGCACUGCAACCACCAACAGCAUAGGGUCGAGGCAUAAGGUAAUUCUGGAGCUGUCAUCCCGAGUGUCAGAGCAGGCAGAGAGAAUCACCCAGCUUGAGAAAGACUUGCAGGAAAGAGAUGAAGAAAUUUUGACUCUAAGAAGUGAAUUUAGUGCAGCUAACUUGCACAAGCAAAAUGUAUGUGGCAGACAAGAUAGAUCUGAGGCAGCCAUCUUAUCCUGUCAUACAUCAUUGUCUUCCAAAAAGCCUGAGUUGUGUGAUGUGACACCUGUUGAAUCUAGUGAAUAUUUAUAUGAUGCUGAUUUAGAUAAAAGUUUGGCAAUGAGCGCCCCAGGGAAGACUAGCAACAAAUUACUUCAUGCUUCUAGUUCUAUUCUUGUCUCAAGUAAGCAGGAAAGAAGAGCCUUAUCUUCAAAGAACAGAAAAUCAGGGGAUGUCAAACGCAUCCAAAGACAGACAACAACACUUUCAGACUCUGAUGAUUCUGACUGGGAGAUAGACAAAUGUGCCCAAUCUGCAAAAACACAUAGUGCACCUCCACGUGGUUAUGUUAAGGAUAGGAGUUCAUUUACAGACUGCCCAGACAGAGGUAAAAAUAACGUUGAGUUGCAUAGCACUCAAGAAGCAUGGACACCCUUUCAUCAUGCAGUUGAGAAAAGAUUAUUGACCACAGAUUUAACCACAUUUGUGGCAUGAAUUUGACAAUUAACUUUUCAUAUUGCUUAAAUAAAGAGUCACUGCAUUUUAAUUUCUCAGUAACUUCAAAAUUUGCUGAAGAGUAAAUUAUUUUCUUUGUGUUCAGAGAUAAUAUUUGCAGCCUGAGCUGCUGUCAUCCAAAUGUCUGUGUUGGUUGUUUUAUUACUUUCUUUAUUUUCCUUGAGUAUAUUAUGGCUUAUCACUUUGAUAGGUCAGAAAGUCAAAUUGUUAGUAUAUAUUGUAUCACUUACAAGGCUCUUGUUGAUGGGCAAGCUACUUAUAAAAUAUUCUUCAAGAUAAACACUUUGUAUAAAGAACCUAGAGGUAAGAUAUUUUUGAUGACCCUGAACCACUUGUCCAAAAAUAUUUUUAAGUUAGUUGAUUGAUUUCUUUUUUUAAUAAAACAAAUUUUUUAUACAAGCAUCAUUUGAUGGGAUGCAGUCUACUCAGAUUUGAGCUGAGAUGCAUUGCUCAACACAUUGCAGAGCAAGAGCUUGCUAACAUAUGAAACUCUGCCUUUAGAUAUAAACUAUGAAUAGACUAGGUAUCAUGGUUUCCUUGUAAACUGUGAAUCAAAUGAGCAUGUCAAAUUCUUUUGUUGUUGUUGAUUCAUGGUAUCAUUGUUGUAUGUGUGUCUCUAGCGGGUGCACCCCAUCAUUAAACCUCCAACAUAAGCUCCUUUUUUAUAACUGCAUGUGCUGCAAAUAUGAACUUUGUGUCCUGGUUGCAAUGAUGAAAACACAAAUACAAAAAUCGUUUCACAUAGAAUUCAUUGUAUGCUACUGUAAACAAGUAUUUAUCAUAUUUUGUAAACAUACUAGGUUUCCUCAUAUUGUCAUUAUGCCUUUUGUAAGAAACCUUAUGUGAAGGGA